AGAAAGAGGAGUACAUGAAUAUCUGCAUGCAACGAGAGCUUAUGAAACCCGACUUUAAGCUGGUCCAAAUGCUGAAGGAGGAUAUAGAGAUGGGGUGCGAAUAUAGUGCGGAUUGGUUCGAUGGGUUAAUCGUGAGUAUAAAGCACUUGGAUGUUGUCAUAGCGAAGAAGAAGUUCAAUAAAGUUAUAUGGGUGCUCACCAACGAUGUGAACACACCGAAUGGAAUCGAGGACGACGAACUUGAGUCGGUCAUGAAUAAGAUCAAAGACGCCGACAUGCGGGUGAACUUUGUUGGCCUCAAAGUAGACGAGGACGAUAAUGGUGACUAUGUGCCCAUAGAAGGCGAUGGUGAAACCGAGGACGAAUUGCGGGCUAUGGAACAAGUGUGUAGGAUUGCCAAUGCCAGCCAUGGAGUCAUCAUGGAGUUCCCGUGGGCAUUCGAUAAGUUACGCGAGGAAGGCUACAAGCGCACAAAGUCCAAUCCCAUAUUCAAAGGCAAGUUGGAUAUCGGCAAUGACUUUGCUCUGCCAGUACAAAUGCUAUCAAGGGUCAAGGAAACAUUGAAACCCUCCUACAAGCAGUCAAGUGUCUAUAAACCGGAGCCCACCUCCAAUGGCACACUGAAACUGGAGUUGGAUUCCGGUGACAUGCCUAUGGCAUCCUCGCUCAAUGAGGUGAAGAGAACUACUGAGUACACGGACGUUGAUGGGAAGAAAAUAGACAAAACCAGAUUGCAAACGUCGUACAGGUACGGAGCCGAGACUGUGCACGUGCCCGACUACAGUGAUCCGCUCAUACAGUACAAGACGGAGCAGAGCAUGAAGUUGAUUUGCUUCACGCCGAAGAACAACAUACCUCCAAGCCUCCUAAUGGGGGACACGUAUGAACUGCAGCCCCCGCAGGGAGACGUGGAUGCGUACAGAGCCCUCACAGCGAUGAUCCGGGGAACUGAGCAGGCAGGGAAGGUGGGUAUUGUACGCACGGUCAUGAAAGACAACAAAGACGUUGCGUUGGGUGUACUGAGGCCGCAUGUGCGUGAGACGUAUGCUACGUUCCUGUACAAUCGCUUGCCUUUUGCCGAUGACAUGCGUCAGUUCAACCUACCCAGUCUCCAGAACACCAAGACACCCCCGACACGCGACCAGGCGGAGACCAUCGACAACCUGAUUGAUUCCAUGGAUUUGAUGGAGGCCGAUAGAGACCUGGACGGCGAUCCACGGGAAGCCUAUCAGAGCAAGAACACGCUCAACCCAGCCCUACAAUACUACCAUAGCGUUGUAUUCGAAACCAAGGCCGAUAAUUUGGCUCGUAUGGCUCCGUUGGAGUCGUUUCUGGAGCCUGUCAGUAGAAAAAUCGAUGAUAGAAGCGCAGACGAGAGAGUGGGAAGGCUCAUUGCGGACAAUUUCGAGCUCAAGGCCGCAGAAAAGUCGAAGAGUCGGGUACGCUCGUCCUUCAAUGCGUUUAAGAAAACUCCCAUUGACGCUGCCGAGGAAGACGCCCUGGAGAAUGGCCCAGACAUCCCAAUGGGAGCUGAUACGGAGUCCUCCAUACUUAGAAUAGCUGGCGACCGCGUGACACAGGUUGGAACCAUCUCACCGGUAAGCGAUUUUAAGAUGAUGAUGACACAGACCGAGGAUCUCAAACUCCGCGAUGCAGCCCUUGUUCAGAUCAAGGAAGUCAUUCAAGACUUGGUGGCUCGAUCGAUGGGUGAAGAGCACUUGGUGGUGCCGCUCGAUUGCGUUCGCACUUUACGAGAGACCUGCGUGAAGAAUGUCGACGCAGCUAGCUUCAACGAUUGGAUCAAGGAGUAUAAGGAUGAAAUUGACGACCCCCAAUCCCAUGGCUAUUCCUUUUGGCACCUGCUCGUCGAGAAUAGGCUCUCUCUCAUCACCCAGGAUGAAACCAACAACACAGCAGAUCCAAGCGCGAUAGAAGCAGAUAAGUUCUUGGGUGCUAAAACAGUCAAAGAGGUCGCACCAGCCGAGCAAGACAGUGAUCUGGACGACAUGAUGGAUGACUUUGAGUGAUCUCUGGAGAGGGCUCGGAGGCAUUGCUCGACAACACCUACGAGAGUGAUCAACCGUGGGCUGUCGAUUGACCUGCACGCCGCACUCCGCGCGCAGUUGGCUCCGCAAGACGGGCGUGUAAAGUGUGUACGAAUCUUUUCAUUGGUGAAGGUGCGUUCGCAGUACUCAGUGAGUGCAUUGAGGACAGUCCACUGACUGUUCCAGAUGCCCCGCAGGACACUUUGAUAGGGGUGGUGGAUCGUCCGAGGACGUUUCAGUAGCCCACUCGGACCAGCUAGCUUCCGGAUCACUACAUGCAACGUACAUGAGAGAUUAGUCCCACAUACAGUCCUCCAUGGGUACGCCAGAGUCAGCUGAACUACUAUACCAGCAACAAUGGCACUCACUGUCGUAGUGCGUGAGACAUGUAUCUAGUUUGUCCUUGAGUUUCGGUCCCCAAUUAAAACUCGACACGUGCUCCGGUAACCGAUGGAAUCCGGUUUAAAGUGCCAGUAGUAGCCUGCGGGCGCAACCCAUUUCUCCUCGAGAUCAUCAUCCCAUCCCCAACUUACUGUUUGCUGUCAACAACUGACUAUACUGUAUACAGGGCCCAGCUCGCACUACUAUCGCCUACGCCCGUGUCCCGAUGGCCUUACUUGCCUCUCUCGCGCCUACUAAAUUAUCGACAUCGAUAGUCAUCAAUUGUCAAUCAGAAAAUACGUAUCUAAAACGUACGGC